CCCUGACGUGGGUCAUCAUCCUGAUGUCCGUGACAGUCACCACCAUCACCGGCUUGUCUAUCUCUGCUAUAUCCACCAAUGGCAAAGUGAAGUCAGGGGGCACCUACUUCCUCAUCUCGCGGAGCUUGGGGCCGGAGCUGGGCGGCUCCAUCGGGCUGAUCUUUGCCUUUGCCAACGCGGUGGCCGUGGCCAUGCACACAGUGGGCUUCGCCGAAACCGUCCGGGACCUCCUGCAGGAGCACAACUCCCUCAUCGUGGACCCCACCAACGACAUACGCAUCAUCGGGGUCAUCACCGUGACGGUGCUGCUGGGCAUCUCCCUGGCGGGCAUGGAGUGGGAGGCCAAGGCACAGAUACUGUUUUUCCUGGUCAUUUUGGUUUCCUUCAUGAACUACCUGGUGGGGACGGUGAUCCCGGCCACCGCUGAGAAGCAAUCGAAGGGCUUCUUCAGCUACCGAGCUGACAUCUUUGCCCAGAACUUCGUACCCAACUGGCGUGGACCUGAUGGCUCCUUCUUUGGCUUGUUUUCCAUUUUCUUCCCAUCAGCAACUGGCAUCCUGGCUGGGGCCAACAUUUCAGGUGACCUGAAGGACCCCGCCGUGGCCAUCCCCAAGGGCACCUUGAUGGCCAUCUUCUGGACCACUGUGUCUUAUCUGGUGCUUUCUGCUACAAUUGGUAAGCGAGUGGGUCGUGUGGGACCCUCUGGGCAGAUGCAGGUGGUGGGAG